GGCCGUUUUUUAUGCCAUUUAACUACACAAACCGGCAUUUUUAGAGAACUCCUUACACGACGAAAACGAUUACAACAAUGAAACAUCGAUUCUGUAGCAACAGUUUUUAUAAACGCAUUAGAUCAUAGAUUUUUGAUCUUUGCCAGAGGGGUAACGGUUAGCGAACCACGUCCAGUUAUUAAUGGUCUAAGGGGACGAGGUAAACUCAAACAUCGAAAAUAUUUAACACUAUUAAAUAUAUUCUGUGUCCAGACACUACACACCACUAUAAAUUUGACUCGCAAUACAACACGCGUUAAUUUUUACACAGACUAACCAACACAUCGCUUAGACUAUCCACAGAAUAUAUACAUAGAAUAUUCGAUUACUUGAUCGCUUUUUUGAUGUUCCGUCAAAAGGAUCGAUUCUUUUUAGAAAUUGUUUUUAUUACAAAUUAGAUAAAAUGAAGGUAGAAAUACUUACAAAUGAAACGUUACUCAAUCUUUUACUAAACUGCAAGUUUUUGGCCGUUUUUUAUGCCAUUCAACUACACAAACCGGCAUUUUCAGGGAGCUCUUUACACUACGAAAACGAUUACAACAAUGAAAUAUCGAUUCUAUAGCAACAAUUUUUAUAAACGCAUUAGAUCAUUGAUUUUUAAUCUUUGCCAGAGGGGUAACGGUUAGCGAGGCAGGUCCUCACAGCAGCUCCUCUGAGUUAGAACACUGACGAGACGGAUGUAAAAACUAAAAACGGGUCUUUCGACUCUUUUGUGUUCGUACACGAAUAAUUGUUCGGCGAGCUAUUCGCCGAACUAUCAGAGGCUUAUAAUGGCUAGAACUCAGAGCCGUAACAAAAACAUUCAAUUAAAUUGUCAAUCUGUGAUUCAUUUUCAUUGAUUUGUUUUUUGUGGAAUUGCCGAAGUUUUUUAACAAGCCUCUACAAUGGACGUAUUAUUUUAUGUGUAAAACGAUCUCGCACAAAACUGGGAAGCGAUGAAUACUCUCGACAAACAACUGGCCGAUCUUCGGAUCUACGCCAACGAGUUGGACGCGAAGCUGCAAGACGAUAUCAACGCAUCGAAACUCAAACCAUCGAUUCCACCGAAAAAGAAUAAAGCGCCGCUACCACAAAUACCGCAAAGUUACACGGUGAAAUCGGCUUGCGAGCCGUCGUAUUCAUCGCGGCUGGAAUACGGUAACCGUAUAAGUUCUACGUAUUCUAAUUUGGUGCCAGUGAAAAGUUGUAUAGUGCGAAAUUCGGCUCGAGUUCGCAGCGGCGAUGUGCUCUUGUACAGUAACCUGCUGCCUCCGGGUGGCACGAAUCAUGUGUAUUCGAACAUUCCUAUGCAGCGACAUGUGGAGAGUUUCUAUGACAGAGAUACCCGGUCGGAAUUAUCGCGUAUAAGCGAUGUAGGCGCGCAGUCCAACUACAGCGAGCUGCGCCGACCGGGUUCGGCAUAUGCGCCUUCGUCAGCGUCUGUGAACGCUCAGGAUUUCUCUACGUACGGUGGGUCGCAGGCUUCGUCCACUUACGAGUCUUUAUAUGAGCCUAUCAACCCGAGGCCGUGUAGUCAGUUGUCCGGUACGUCACUGUAUGGCGGCUACGUCGGGACCGUGGAGCCGCCGCCUGAGCCGGAUGACGCGCUGUACUGCGGCAACUGUUACCGGUGUGGAGAGAAGAUCAUGGGGGAGACUACCGGCUGCACGGCCAUGGAGAGAAUAUAUCACAUCAAGUGCUUCUGUUGCCAGCAGUGCGGCAUCAAUCUUCAGGGCAGGCCCUUUUAUGCUGUACAAAGCAGAGCUCUGUGUGAGAGCGACUAUCUCGAAACACUGGAGAAGUGCUGUGUUUGUGGUGACCCCAUACUGGACAGGAUAUUGAGAGCCACAGGCAAGCCCUACCACCCUCGCUGCUUCACUUGUGUGGUCUGUCAGAAGAGCCUGGACGGUAUACCCUUCACUGUGGAUGCUGUGAACCGCAUACAUUGUAUUGAAGACUUUCACAAAAGAUAUGCACCGCGUUGCGCGCGAUGCCGCGAGCCGAUUGUACCCGAGGGCGGUGCCGAAGAGACCGUCCGCAUUGUGGCCCUCGACAAGAGCUUCCACAUAGCCUGCUAUGCCUGUGAGGACUGCGGCGCAUCCCUGUGCUCCAGGGAGCAAGGCAGGGGGUGCUAUCCACUCGACGGACAUCUUUAUUGCAAAGAAUGCAAUGCCAGGCGCAUUCAAGAUCUCUCCAGGAACAUUAAUUAGGAUAAAGAUUCAAAUUGAAGCCUCAAGUCAUGUCGGACCCCUGAAACACGCAAUUCAGGCUUUUCACAGUAUUUUCGCUUCGCUUAAUGAGGCCAAAAAGAAAAUUACUAAACUCUGAUAAUCAAUUAUAUAAAAAAAAACACAUUUUAUUGCACUUUUAAUGAUACAAAAAAAAUCACAAUAAAUAUACAUUUGCAUAGGCGGCCUUAUUGCUGCAAGCUAUUUGUUAUAGGCAAAAGUAUAUGUAAACUCAAGUUAUAUAUACCUUAAUUAUACUCACAAUAACACUGCCAUUAAUAUUAAGAUUUGAUGUAAUCAAAAAUCAAAUGAUCAAAAUAUAAAAUCUCAAAUGAAUUUUAGAAUAGAUAUUACAUCUCAAAUGAAAAUCUGCAUGAAAAAUUACAAAAUUAGGUGUUUAUAAGUGAAAAGCAAACUUAAAUAUGUAUAGAUUUAUACUCACAAUAUCUAUCGUACUGCCAUUAAUAAUAAGAAUUUAUGUAUUUAAUGGAAAAAUUUUAAUUUACCAAUUACACAGCGCAAAACGCGCAAAAUCAUACACAUCACAAUCGAUUUACUAAAACAUCAGUGUAGAGUGUAGAAGGAAAAUCAACUCAUGAGGUAAUUAAAUUAAUUAAUUACAACUUGAAACUUUGAAAAUUAACACCAUCUCAUGAAUUUAGCUAAAAUACCGACUUAUAUCUAAAAUCUUUACAUCCUCAUAGAAAAAGCGAAUGUCUUUAGAUCGAAUUUCUGUCAUUUAUACAGGAUGCUCGGGAGUAUUUGCCAUAACUCUGGGAUUAUAUUUUUUACUGAAAAUUAAUUAAAAAUGCUCAAAGAACAUGUGUUAAAUUAAUAUUUUCGGGGUAAAUAAUAUUUCUUUUAUAGGGUAAAUAUAUUUCUUCAAAUGUGUCUCAUAUAUGCAUAAUUAUAAUUAUGACGUAGCCAAGUUUGACGUUUGAUUUUAAAAUGCAAGGAUAGACAAAGACGUGUGUUACAUGGACAGUCGGAAUUAUUUGAAUUACUUUGUAUGAAAACAUAAAAAGUUUUUUUUUUAAAUAUUAGUUAUGCAGUUCAGCUGCUGUAAGUAGACUCGUCAACACCUUGAAGUUAUGGGAAAACUCCCGAGCACCCUGUAUUAUAAAAUCAACUCCGUCAGGUUAGCUUACAAAAAAAACUAUACAUAAUCAACCCAAUUUCGUUUAGCAACAAACCCUCUAAGUUUGGUGACGUUCUACCCUCCAUUGUAAGUAACAUAAUAUUUUUCAUUAACUACCCACAUUCCCAUAUUUAUUUCAUGUAUCUAGCAAACGGCUGUGUGAAUUAACCAUUUUGUAGAUUAAAAUAGUUCCCACAGUAUUAAUAUUAUCAAAGCAUUUUGAAAAUAUGUGAUUUUUAGUUUUUACGUUCAAGGUUCGCGCACAUUAGAGCUGGCCACAAUUUUUUUUUGCCUCAUAAUAAUUAUUUAAAAGGGUACUAACAUUGACCUCUUAUAAUAAAAGGACGCACAAUCAUAUAAAAAAUUUCACUUCAAAACUGGCCAAUUUUACUUUGACAGUUAUGAAAUUAUUGGUAAAGAAAAUUAUGUAGUCCAAUAUUCAAUAAAAUCCCAAAUUCAGAGUAAAUUCAACCUUAACGAUUGAGUUUAAGGUUGAAUUUGCAAAUGCGACUACCUGAAUUGAGUGCCAAGAAGUUGUGUUUGGCACUCAUUGAGUAGAGACGGUCGCUGAUUGUGCGUUCACUUUUUAAUAGUAGAUUGAUGGGUAUUAAAGAUUUUUGGAACAUCCAGCACCCUCCAAUGUGCGCGAGCAUUUAUUAUCUAUAAUAAAAUGUACUUUAGUAGUAUUUUGUAUUCCCCCUAUAUUAUAAUUAUAGAAAAGGUGCCAUCUAUAUGUAUAUAGUGAAAUUAGGUUGUGUAAUAAUAAUUUUAGGUCUUUUUUCCUAAAUAAUUACGUACUUAUUUGUAAUUUUAAGAUUACUAUUUUAUAUUUUUUUCAUUAUUUUUACACAUUUAACCAGUUUACGAGAUUUAUUUAAUUGUAGGCUUUUUUAUAAUGAAAAAUCUAUGUUUAAUUUGAUUUUUCAUACUUUGUGUAUGUUUCUUUUAACAUAUUAUGGAACUUUGAUAGAUUCCUAUGUUUUAGUAAGCAGAAGUGAAAUAAAAUGAUUUUUAUCAGUCUUAAAUAUUUAAAUUAUUUUUUAUGCUAAUUAUUGCAUUUAUUGACUGUUAUCACUUUGAGUGGUAUAUUGCGAUGUUAUUGCAAUAUAAGCUUUGUGUGAAAAUCGUAAGUAAGAUGUAAAUUUUGGAGAUUUGCGUAUUCUGACUAACAAGUCGUUUCCACGAAAUACGCUUGAGAUACAUAAUAUAAAUAUAAGAAUUGUUUAAAUACAAGAUCAUUUGAAUGAAUCUCGAAGGAAUGAUACAUUAGAUAUACACGUGUAGUUAUUACUUAGUGGUAGGUGCUCUGUUUUGUUGGAAUAAGGUAAAUGUACACAAUGUCGCCAUAGUAAUUAAAAUAAGAGAUUAAUAAGUACGUGAAAACUACUUUAUUGAAUUGGAAUUUUACAUUAGAAAUUAUGUUUUACCAUUUUAAAAUUUUAUUGACUAUACAAUUUAAAACUAUAUUUUUCGCAGAGCAGAGUUUACAAAGAAGCUAAGUUUUACAAGGAUUAAUUCGGAAAUGCGAUUAUUUAUGUAUGACUAGCCGACGCCCUGCGGUUUCAUCCGUAGUUCCCGUUCCUGUGAGAAUACGAGAAUAAAAUAUCUACAUAUAUCCGAUGAAACAAAUAAAUAAACAGUAAUAUUAGUAUAGAUACCUAGAUAGGUAAAUGUAACAAAAUAUUUUGUAACUACAAGUAAUAAGUUAAGAAUACAAAAAUAAAAAAUGGUUACAGAUUCAAUAAGCGGUAUUAUCACAAGAAUUUAUUAAGAUACACAUUAAAAAAAAUUAUACUCACUGAAAAACAUUAUGAAAAAAAAAAUACUUUCAUAUUAAGCCGGUUGUACAUUUACCUUACGUUGUUUACGCUUAUGUUGAUACAUAAUUAUAUGAAUAUGAGAUUAUGCCAGUUUAUUGUAAAACGUGUAUGAAUAUUUGAUAAAUGUUACAUAUGCGUGUAUGUAAAUAAAGAUAAGAAAAUAAAAUUAAA